UUCUCCAGAGCAGCAUUAAUACCUCUCACGCUGUCACGGUAAACAAGAAACUUCAACACACAAGACGCCAAAAAUGAUCAACUGGAAGGUUUUAGACAACGUCCCCCUCCUCCUGUACAUCCUGGCCCUGAAGACACUGCUGCUGUGUUUGGCGUUCGCCGGGACUAAGAUCUACCAAAGUAGGAAAGCAGAAGCGGCCCUGAAGAAGGAGCAAGCGGAGAAGAGGAGGCUCGCCCAGCAGACCCAGGAGCUCUUAGACAACAAGAAGGAUGACUGAGCGGAGGAGAGAAGCUGCAGUACAGAGGUAAACCUGUUACUGACCUGAAGAAGGGGCCACCUGCUCCACAUAUGAGCAAGAUGUCUGGUUGACAACAGGAGGACCUUCCUGUGCUUCAGGAGAUUGUUUGUAGUUCUGGUAUCAUUUUUUUUUUUUUUUUUUUUUU